CAAGCAACCAUGUUCGGACGCAAGCCAUCUCCCAAGGAACAGAGUCGGGCAGCUAAACGGAGUGUGCGUGGGGCGCAGCGUGAUCUGGAGCGCGAGGCGCGGCGGCUGGAGCGGUCCGAGGCCGAGCUCAUCAGAAACAUCAAGAAGGCGGUAGCGCGCAAGGAUCGGGCGACGGCCAAGCGGCUCUCGGUCUCGCUGGUCAAGCUGCGUAAGCAGAAAGAGCGGCUGCUCAAGGCGUCGGGUCAGAUGACAGCAGUCAAACACACGAUUGCGGCGCAGGACGCGACACGCGCAACCGCAAAGUCGAUGGCGACAGCGACCAAGGCGCUGGCGGCGACCAACGCAGCUCUUCCGGCGUCGUCGAUGACCGCCGUCGCGUCUGCGUACGCUCAGGCCUCGACCCAGAUGGAAAUCCAGGACGAGAUGGUCAACGAUGCGCUCGACUCGGCUAUGGACUCGCUCUCUGACGACGAGGAGGUCGACAACGUGCUUGCACAAGUUCUUGACGGUGUCGCGCUCGACAUAGGCUCGUCGAUGGCAACGGUCCCGUCGCGGGCUCCGCCGAGUGCGACCUCGGUCGCCACCGGCUCCCGCGCCCAACCUAGCCGGUUGCAAGCCCAAGCCGAAGAGGAUCGUCUCCUCGCCGAGCUUGCCGGGCUCUGA